AUGAUUGAUGAGCAAGAUAGGCUAACAACUUCGAAAAGGAUGUCAAAUGUAGCCCCGGGCUCCACUACUGACGCGAUGCGAAGAGACUUCCAAGUCAGAGAAACUGAAAUUGCCCAACAAAUAGUCAGCAUCAAGGAGCAAAGCGCGGCGGUGCAGAGGGAUCAAUAUGACUCUGCACAAGCAUCCUUUUCAGACAGCCAGGAGCGCACUCUACUGCUCGAGCAACUCAAGUAUCAACGUGCGACUCUGGAUGCCUCUCAGGGACUCAUGGAAGAUCUGCUGAGGCAGGCUCAGCAGGCUCGCUCAGCACAAAACAUCACUGACGUUGAAAUGAGCGAAAACGGGAAGGUGCUCGUUGGACGUAUAGGUUUCGAGGAUAGCGAAGGAGAAGUUUAUCAGCGGAUUCACAAUGUUAAAGCCACAACUGGUGGCAAGGGAAUCGUGGGUGUGGCCAAAGGAUUCGAUAUCAAUGCGUUUUUCAAAGACUAG